AGUUGGUUGGGUGCAGCGCAGAGCCGAGGGCCGAGCGUGGGGGCUGGGGGCUGUUUCGGGUCGCGAUGCCGUAUGCCAACCAGCCCACGGUGCGGAUCACCGAGCUCACGGACGAGAACGUCAAGUUCAUCAUCGAGAAUACUGACCUGGCAGUGGCCAAUUCCAUCCGCAGAGUCUUCAUCGCCGAGGUGCCCAUCAUAGCCAUAGAUUGGGUCCAAAUUGAUGCCAACUCGUCGGUACUGCAUGAUGAGUUCAUUGCCCACAGACUUGGAUUAAUCCCUCUUACAAGUGAUGACAUUGUAGACAAGCUGCAAUACUCCAGGGACUGUGCAUGUGAAGAAUUUUGUCCUGAGUGCUCAGUAGAGUUUACACUUGAUGUCCGUUGCAAUGAGGAUCAGACACGCCAUGUCACAUCUCGGGAUCUCAUUUCUAAUACUCCCCGAGUUAUUCCGGUGACAUCCCGGAGUAGAGACAAUGAUCCCAAUGACUAUGUGGAACAGGAUGAUAUCCUCAUUGUCAAACUCCGGAAAGGCCAGGAGCUGAGACUACGAGCCUAUGCUAAAAAAGGCUUUGGCAAGGAGCAUGCCAAGUGGAACCCUACAGCUGGAGUGGCCUUUGAGUAUGACCCAGAUAAUGCCUUGAGGCAUACAGUCUACCCAAAGCCUGAAGAAUGGCCAAAGAGUGAAUAUUCUGAGAUUGACGAGGAUGAAGCCCAGGCUCCCUAUGACCCCAAUGGCAAACCAGAGAGGUUCUACUACAACGUGGAGUCCUGUGGCUCUCUUCGCCCUGAAACCAUUGUCCUUUCUGCUUUGUCUGGUUUGAAGAAGAAGUUGAGUGACCUCCAGACCCAGCUAACCCAUGAGAUCCAGAGUGAUGUCCUGACUAUAAACUAGCAGCAGUCAUUUCUACCAGAAAUGGGACUCGAGGAAAAUGGAUGGACUUCUAGCCUGAGCUUCUGCUUGCCACUGAAAAGUGGACUAAAAUUUAGUUGGUUCAAAGUCCUGGCUAGCACAUUGCAGCUUUUAAACUGGUUGCCCGUUUGGGAUGUAAUUAGCCUGGGAAGAUGACAUGGGAAGGAGAGAUGGGAGGCUUCACUCCCCACAGGGAGUCCUGGUCUCCUUGGGUUGGUCUGUUCCCUUAGUAUGAACUGAAAAUAAAAAACCUUUUCCCCCUGGGCAUCAGCAAAUAUUCUGGAGGAUGAGGUGAGUAGGUCCAUCUUUAUUAAAUCCUUGUCAUAAACAGCCUUAAGACUA